ACACACAACAACUCAAAACACACAAAUUUUUCUUUCAUUGAGCUAGCUCUCACAUAUUUUAUAUUCAUCUCCUUCGAAUAUUAUGGCUUUAUCAAAAGCCCUUAUUGCUUCCCUUCUCAUAUCUCUUCUUGUUCUACAACUCGUCCAGGCCGAUGUGGAAAACUCAAACAAAAAGGAUGGUUACGGCAGUAAAAUUGAUUGUGGAAGUGCGUGUGUAGCACGGUGCAGGCUCUCAAGUAGACCCAACCUUUGUCACAGAGCGUGCGGGACUUGCUGCGCCAGGUGCAACUGUGUGCCACCUGGCACUUACGGAAACUACGACAAGUGCGAGUGCUACGCUAGCCUCACCACCCACGGUGGUCGCCGCAAGUGCCCUUAAGCAAACAAAAAAAAAAAAACUCAUGAUUUGCUGCGACUAUUCGAUACGAUGUCGUCUUGUUAAUUAGUUUUUGUUUGGCAUAUAUAAUUGUGGAUCGAAUAAAUCAUGAGAGCCGUAUGUGUCGUUGUGCGUGUGUGUUCUAUUUGUUGUAAGGUUUUUGGUUUUGAAUUUCUUUUUUUUUUCGAUUCGUGAAAUAAUCUCUGUUGUAUUAUUUCAGUUUGUAAUAAAAAGUUAUGUUGUUUAUGAAUGAUUGGUUAUGAUGCG